AUGGCUCGGAAAUUCAGUAGGAUUUUCACGACCCUCCUCUCUUUAUUUAUCGCUUCCGCUAUCCUCAUUCCUGCUAGUCGGACUUCGACGACUGCCAGAGCGGAACUCGUCGAUACUCAGAUCGACUCUCGUCCUGACGAGCAGCAGAAACAAAACUACUGGGCGCAGGGCGGAAAUGACAUAGUUCAUGAGAUAUGGUCGGUUUUACGGGAUUUCGAACCAACGUGGAAAGACAGCGUGACCUCAGCACGACCGACUGGCCUCCUGGGCACCGUAUGGCAUUACACGAGGAUAAUCUUCCGCGCUCUAUUCAUGAAUACACCUACGCGAGACGACAAUGAUGCCCCGAAGGUCAAAGGGGACUUGAAGAAGGGCGUGGAUUCGCUCAAAGCGGCGGCCUCCUUCGACGACCCGGACGCCAUGUUUCUGCUGGCUGAGAUGAAUUUCUAUGGCAACUUCUCUCACCCGCGAAGCUUUGAGGCUGCCAACUACUGGUAUCGCCGGUUGGCUGACUUGGACGGCAAUGCCACGGCGCAGUACAUGUUGGGUUUGAUGUACGCUACCGGCAUUGGCGGUUUGGAAAGAGACCAAGCAAAGGCGUUGCUAUAUCACACGUUUGCUGCCGAACAAGGAAACAUCAAGUCUGAAAUGACGCUGGCGUACAGGUAUCAUGCAGGUAUUGGCUGUCCCAGAAGCUGCGAUAAGGCUGUCUCCUACUAUAAAAGAGUCGCCGACAAGGCGAUGACAUAUUGGCAAUCAGGGCCUCCUGGAGGCAACUCCUUUGUUCGCAACUCAUACCGUUGGGUGGAAGUUGACGGAGGGAUCUAUGGUGAAGGCGCGAGUGUUAGCUCCUCGGGUCCCAACGCUCCUCGAGACGGCAUCACCGCAGCGCAUAUCGACUAUGUCCUCGACUAUCUCGACACGAAAGAACGACAAGGCGACUUCAACGCCAUUAUCACUCUGGGGAAACACUACUACGAAGCCCCUCGGGGAUACAAGCGCAAUUUCCGCAAAGCACAGCGUCAAUUCAUGAAAGUUGCCAGAGUCUACUGGACAAAAGAUGGCAAGGUGUCUCCGAAAGCACCAAAGGGGAUCGAGCGUCUAGCGGGAAAAGCAGCAGCCUAUAUUGGACGCAUGCUCCUCCGUGGUGAAGGGAUGGAACAAAACUUUGAAAAAGCUCAGACCUGGUUCAAACGAGGCAUUGCCCUUGGUGAUUCCUUCGCUCAGUACCACAUGGGCUUGAUGUAUCGUGAUGGCCUUGGUGUGCCCCAGGACGGGGCCCGUGCUGGCACAUACUUGAAAGCCGCGGCGGAGCAGUCUCUCCCUUUGGCACAAUCAGCGCUGGGAGUGCUUUUCUUAGACCAAGGGGACAUUGAUACCGCUGGACGAUACUUUGAGCUCGCCGCAGGAGCGGGCGUAAUGGAGUCCUUCUACUAUCUCGCCGAACUCACCAACCAAGGAGUUGGUCGUGAGCGAAACUGCGGCCUCGCAGCUGCCUACUAUAAAGUGGUUGCUGAGAGGGCAGAAGUCUUGCAUUCCUCUUUCGUGGAAGCAAACUCGGCCUACGAAAGAGGCGAUUUUGAACGUGCGUACGUUGCCUCUAUCAUGGCUGCGGAGCAAGGAUAUGAGAAUGCCCAAGCCAACGUGGCGCACCUUCUUGAUUACAAGACGUCGGUAAUUUCACUGCCAAACUUGGGUCUUCCUCUUCUCUCGACAAAGAAACCGAGUUCGAAGAAGAGCAAACUGCUCAACGAUCCGCAUCUGGCUCUCGUAUACUUCACCCGCUCCGCCAAACAAGCCAACGUCGACUCCUUGAUCAAGAUGGGUGACUAUUAUCUCUCCCUGUCCUCGCCUACCAACGCAGCACUCACGCUUUUCCCAACGGAUGACAACGGUGAAGCAAAAUCCAACCUGGAAAAAGCAACAACAUGCUAUACAACGGCCGCUGAGACACACCAUUCGGCCCAAGCCCUCUGGAACCUUGGCUGGAUGCACGAAAACGGCAUCGGUAGCGUUACGCAGGACUUCCACAUGGCCAAGCGGUACUACGAUCUCGCGCUGGAGAUGAACAAAGAAGCGUAUUUACCGGUGACGUUGGCCUUGGCGAAACUGAGGCUACGAAGUUGGUGGAACGGCGUGAGCGGGGGAAAGGUCAAUGGUAUUAAAGACGAAGAAGGGGAUGAGGAGGAACAAAGACGGCCCAAAACAUGGAUCGAGUGGGUCAACAGAUUCCUGGACGCGGCGGAGGAGAUGGAUGCGCGCGAGGCGGAGGCUCUGGCGAGGGAGCGGGAUGGAGACGAUGAGCUUCUGGGCUACGCCGAGCCAGGGGGGAUGGUUGGUGGUGGCGGCAACGCUGAAUACGCCGACAGACACGCACAUGGACAGGAAGGGGGAGGCGGCGCGGGCAGAGUCGAAGGAGACGUCUACGGCGCCGACGAGUGGGAUGAGAUUGACGACGGCCUCAUCGAGAGCCUCAUCAUCAUCGCCCUCGCCGGCGCCUUGGCCUUGCUCGUAUACGCUCGCCAGGCGAGACAGAGGGCCUUGGAAGAGGAGAGGCGUCAAGCUCAACACCAGAACCAGAACCAAAACCAAAAUCAAGCUCAAGGUUUCGCCCAAGCGGCAGCCCCUCAGCAACAACACCAGCAAGAGCAAGAGCAGCCACCGGCUCCAGGGCAGCAGCCCGAAGGAGAAGGGCCACCAGCGCAGGAUAGAGGCAUGUUCCCACCCCCUGGGGAUCUGGAUUGGAAUAACUGGGUCGCUGGCGGAAUCGGGCAUUGA